CCUCGGAAAUGGGCUCAAAACGUCGCGCACAUUGGAUAUCGUGCGAUUAGAUACAGUGUGGACGCUCCGUUUCGUCAUUUCGUUUGUCGAAGUAUCGCCGUCACUACGGUAGGUCGAUGAUCGUGAUUAGAGCAUGCGUUGGGGAUGAACGUGCCCGUUAGCCAUUCCGAGAGUCCCUUCUCUCGAUCGCGGAUAAUCGUCAUUCGUGAUUAGUCGCGACGUUCGACAACGGUGGUGUGCGACAGGUUCCUCUCUCACUCGACCUCUUCCGAAUCUAGCCUACAGUUUGUCACGCGCGCGCAUAUGUGUGUAGUGUGUAUGUAUAUAUAUGUGUCAUAUGAGCGUAUUAAUAUACCACGCGUGGAACGACUGGCACUUGGUCACAUACGAGCUGCGGUGCUUCAACACGUCCCUUUCGUCUGUCGGCUCAACACAGAUUGAUCAAUCGUCAGGUCCGUCGCGCUCCUGAGGACGCAGCUUGGCGGCUUUUUUACACGAAUGCACCUUUGCGCGCAUGAUGCCGCCCGUUUCUUCUCUCUCCUGAUACCGAGCAAGCGAGUAUCUCUAUAAUGGGAUUCUUGCCGUUCUAACGAGUGAGAUGAAUCAGUGAGGCAUUUGCUGAUAUUAGUGCACAUUAUUGUUAUUGGCGUAAUUAUCGACGCCAUAGGAUUAAUGAAUAGAAGAUCUUGUGCUCGAUAAAGGGGCCUCUUCUACAGUUCAGUAUUCAACUGCGAAUCAACAGUGAGAUGGCAGAUGAAUGCGGCGAGGUUAAAUCAAUAGGACUGUCUUCUCCAAGAAGUCCUCAGAGCAACAGCACCAGUGGAAAAGUUGCUAGUAGUCCACAUUCACCCAGGCAACCAAGACGUGUGAAGCUAAAUCAGCAACAAUUGGACAGCUUGACAAAGGACGAGCUGGCAGCCAAAUGGCAUGAACAGGACGUGUAUGUGGAGUGUCUAGAAGCCCAGGCGGCAGCUCAGGAAGGUGAGCUAACUUCAUUGAGAGAAUCCGAAAACAAGUACAGGCAACAAUAUGUAGAAGCAUCUCACAGGGAGAAGAUCUUAGUAAGGAGGCUUGCCUCCAAAGAGCAGGAAUUGCAAGAAUACAUUAAUCAAAUAACUGAAAUGAAAGCCACCCAUGCUCCGUCCGCAGCUGCAUUAAGGUCUACGCUAUUAGAUCCAGCUGUUAAUAUAUUAAUACAAAAAUUAAGACAAGAGUUGAUAACAACCAAAGGCAAAUUGGAGGACACGCAAAAUGAACUCAGUGCAUGGAAAUUCACACCGGACAGCAAUACUGGUAAGAGAUUAAUGGCGAAAUGCAGACUAUUGUAUCAAGAAAACGAAGAACUUGGUCGUAUGAUCGCUAGUGGACGGAUCGCCAAGUUGGAAGGUGAACUUGCCCUACAAAAGAGUUUUAGCGAAGAAGUAAAGAAGUCACAAUCAGAAUUGGACGAGUUUCUACAAGACUUAGACGAAGACGUGGAGGGUAUGCAGAGCACUAUUUACUUCUUACAACAAGAAUUGCGUAAAGCUCGAGAAUCUGUCACGCUGCUGCAGCAGGAGAAUUCGGCAUUGAAGGCAAAUAUAAAUGAAAAUAACUUAUCGAACGGUUUAUCGCCCCACACUCCGCCGAUCAAGAAAGAGGAACCGGAAGAAGUUGCUAUACCAGAUACGAAACCUCUGAAGCCGGCCGAGGACAGUGAUAUGUGCAAAGGUGUAAGGACUCCACCGUUAACGUUACAACGGUCGCCUGAGAGUGAGCUUAUGAGUGUCGAAAGAACAGAACGCGUGGAAAGGAAACUCAAUCAAGCCGAUCAUAAUGAUGAGAGUUCGAGCGAUUCGGCGGCAUUAAUUAUUAAGGUCGAGAAUGAGGAACUUAGUGAUAGAGAAGAAGAACAUGAAGAGAACCGUAAUAAAAGAAUAUUAAGGAGUAAGAAUCACAACAAGAACAGUGGUAAAUCUAAUGGGGAAGAGGUGCUAACACGUACAACACGGGGUAGGGACAGGACAAAGAGAGAAAAGAGUGUUCCCAAUAGUGAUGAUGAAAGGACGCACAAGAAGAAACGGAGGGAAAGCAUUCUUUCUCUCGAUUAUAAUGAGGCCGACGAUGAUGCGUUAGUUUUAACUAAUGGCGAGACUCUACAAAGUGAUCCGGAAUAAAUAAUACUUUAGAUUGAUUUUAUAUGACAUUUAUCCUAUAUAUCGUUAAAACAACCGAUACGAUUUGACGUGGUUCUCCGAUUAUUGUGUACAAAAUUUUUCAUCUGAAGUAAAUGCCGUUUUGGAUCUUUUGAAAGAUACAACGUUUGUAUAAAUUAAUAAUUAGUCAUAAAGAGAUAUAAUUUCCGUACCUGUACCGAUGAUAAAUUUAAAAAAUAAAUAUCGGCAUUGCAAUCUCAAAAAUGACGAACUUGUAAAUAUUUGUAUCAUUAGAAUGCUCAUGAUUCACAUUUACGUCAAGUUAUUUGCGUAUGAUUAAGUUACAAACUAUUACAGAGAUAAACCAAACGAAUUGUGGCACUUUUUGUUGCCUUAUAAUUUAUAAAAAUUAAGCGCUUUGAAAAGAGCGGAAUAAACACAAAUUAUGCUCAUAUUUUGUAAACUUACUGUAUUAUCAUCCUGCGUAAAUCAGCGUAAAUCAGUAAGUCUUCGUUAAUAGCAAAGAAAGAAUGGUUCGAAAGAAUCAUUAUCGUUAAUAGCAAAUAAAUAUUAAUUGUUAAUUAAUCAGAAAUGCCUUUUUUGAUCACGUUAUGUAAAUAAAUAAAUAAAUCUUAA